AUGAAGGAGUUGUUGUUCCUUACACGCUACAACUGGUCAAAUGAGUCUCGAUUGAAACGUUCAAGCAAUUGGAUUAUGCAGCAAUCUGAUGAUGGCGACCUCUUUAGUAUCUGGUCAUGUAAACGCUUUCAUGGGAUUGCAGUUGUAAGUUGUGAGGAAUCCCAGGUUUCGCAGUUUGCAACUGCUACAUUAAAGAAAAUCUCAACAACAAUAGGCGGAGAAAUUGAGAUGGGGGAUCAGAGCAUUGGCUAUACUCCAGAGGAAGCAAUUUCCGUGAUCGGAUUUGGGAAGUUCCAGGGGCUCAUACUGGUUUUUGCUGGACUUGGUUGGAUUUCAGAGGCAAUGGAAAUGAUGAUUCUCUCGUUCGUUGGAGUAGCAGUCCAAUCUGAGUGGGGACUCUCUCCUGCUGAAGAAAGCUUGAUAACAUCUGUGGUUUUUGCUGGAGGGGGACAAGUAUUUGCAGCUUGGUUUAUGGAGUUCAUUCCCACAGCUAAUAGAGGUGUUUGGAUUAUCAUGCCAAGAUUUGGUUGGAGAUGGCUAAUAGGUUUAUCUUGUUUACCAUCUUUCAUUGUACUCCUCCUUUCUGGGAUUACACCUGAGUCGCCGAGGUAUCUCUGUGUGAAAGGAAAAAUGGAGGAAGCCCAGAAGAUAUUGGCAAAAGCAGCAGCCAUGAACAAGACAAUACUUCCUCCUGGAAUGCUUAUCUUAGAUCGAACAGCAAAGAUAGAUGAACAUUAUCCGUUAUUAGAUACUUCUCUUCUGUCUUCAGCAAGAGAAAGGAAUUGCAGCCCAGAAAAUUACUUAUCAUCAUUGUUUAUGAUAUUCUCAUCAAAACUAAGGAAGACAACUCUUCUCCUAUGGUUUCUAUACUUCUCUAAUACAUUUUCAUACUACGGAAUUGUAUUAUUGACAUCUGAGCUGAGUAGUAACCAAAUCAAUUGUAGUUCAACCGUUAACUUUUUGAAGAGUGCAAAGGAUGCUAGCCUCUACAGAGAUGUAUUUAUCACAUCUCUUGCAGAUUUAGCCGGGCUUGUUAUAUCUGCAGCAAUUCUUGACAGAUUAGGCCGGAAGCUCACCAUGAAGAUUUUAUGUUCUUUGGGUUUUAUUCUGCUUCUACCACUGGUUGUGCAUCAGAAUGAGAUUCUGACAACAGCUCUAUUAUUCGGCUCUCGCAUGUUUGUUAUGUCAUCAUCCAAUGCUGUUGUUAUAUACUCAAGGGAGGUUUAUCCAACUUCAGUGAGGGCAACUGGUGUUGGAAGUGCAACAUCUAUUGGAAGGAUUGGUGGAAUGAUAUGCCCUCUUGUAGCGGUUGGCUUAGUCAGGGAUUGCCAUCAAACAGCAGCAAUUGUUCUUUUUGAGGCUGUGAUACUUCUCACAGGAUUCUGUAUGCUUUUCUUACCUAUAGAGACUGGUGGAAAAGGAUUGAGUGACACCACAAGUUUGUUGAAUGAGGAGUAGAUUAUCCUUUGCCAUGACUGCAAGAGUUCAUAAUAUCACAAAAGAUUGGUAAAUGCACCACUUGCAUACCUGCUGGCAACAGACAUUGAUGGAAGAAAAAGAUGACAAUUUUUGCCCUCAUCAUGAAUGAUGGAUUCUGAAGUUGAUCACGAUCCAAAUUGACUUCCACCCUAGCUUUUAUUGUUCUCUGUUAAAAUCCCAUGUUGGUAAAACAUGUAUUUGUUCCAUUUUUCAUCACCUAAUAAACACGCAUUACA